UUUCAAAUUGACAGGAUCACAUGUACAGUUGGAUUGAUUAAAACAUUUUCUCGGUCGGUUUCAGAAUUUCAUGCAAGGUGUUAGGCAACUUGGAAGUGGACUUUGUGACCGUUGUUUGGUGUUGCAUUUUCUUCACUGGUUUUUGGGAUUUGACAGAACAGAAUGUGACACCAUUUCUUUCUGUGAAGCAGUUUGAAUAAGCAAGGUCUUGAAGCCGGCCAGUUGAAUGGAACAGCACAGCGAGUGGCUUCCGCCAUAACUGAACCCCUUUUGUGGCGGCCAAUCUUUUUAGCCCAAAGCACCAAAGCAAACUGUGAGUCCAAUGCAGGAGAGGAUCCUGGGCGCUGGCUGUGGCUGAGUGAUGUUUGAAGUUUAAUCCAUGACUGUGGAGCACAAAGAGACGGGACCCAUCACUGAUGUGGGCUGCAGUGAGGAUCUUCCUGAGGCAGAGCUGGUGGGCCUCCUGGAAGACCAGCUUCCCCAGUACCGCCUGCAGGCCGACUCCCUGUACCUGUAUGACAGCCAGGACUGGGUCCAGCCAUCCACCUACUCCACCGACGACGUGCUGCAAGAGGAGACCUUCCGAUACAUGCCCUUCCUUGCGUUGGAGCCCCGUAGCCUUUCCCAAGUUCUAGGCUCAGACAGAGUGGAUCAGAUGACCAAAACCUACAAUGAGAUCGACAUGGUUACACAUCUGCUGGCUGAGCGCGAUCGUGAUCUGGAGCUGGCAGCUCGGAUAGGCCAGUCCCUGCUCCAACGCAGCCAUGAGCUGGCUGAGCGGAACGAGGUCCUGGAGGAGCAACUGGCACAGUCCUUCGACCAGGUGAACCAGCUGCAGCAUGAGCUGUCGAAGAAGGACGAGCUGCUACGCAUCAUGGCCAGUGCCUCUGAGGAAAGCGAGACCGAUUCCAGCUGCUCCACGCCGCUUCGCCACAAUGAGUCCUUCACCAUGGCUCAGGGUCUCAGCCAGCUGGAGGUGCUGCAGAGCAAACUGAGGGAUAUGGAGGAGGAGAACCUGGCCCUGCGCUCCAAGGCCUGCCACCUGAAGACUGAGACCAUCACUUAUGAGGAGAAGGAACAGCAGCUGGUCAGCGAUUGUGUGAAGGAACUCGAGGAAUCCAACAGCCAGAUGGUGAGGCUGAAGGAGGAGCUGUCCCAGAAGAACGAGGGUCUGGUGAGGCACCAGGAGGAGAUCGCAAACCUGCUGUCCCAGAUUGUGGACCUGCAGCACCGCGUCAAAGAGCUAGCCAUUGAAAAAGAAGAGUUGAAAAUACAUUUGCAAGCCUCCAAAGUCGCUCAGCGCCAACUCACAGCAGAGCUCCAUGAUCUUCAGGAUCUGAAUGCAGAGUGUCUGGGAAUGCUCCACGAAUCCCAGGAGGAGAACAAGAAGCUGCGGAGCAAAACCACAGCCACCACCUCCAUGAGACGCAUACAAUCUUACGGGAUCUUCCCCAUGGACUCCUUGGCUGCAGAGAUUGAAGGAACGAUGCGCAGGGAGCUCAGUGUGGAGGAGGAGGCGGAGACCUCUUUCCAUGACCAAAGGAACAAACAGAAACGGGUUUUUGACGCUGUGAAGUCUAUAAAUGAGUUGGUACGGUCUCACUCCCCCGUGACCCUCCGCCCGCUGCCCAUCCCUGGAUCAAACCAAACCAACGUCGUCAUGACAGCACAGCCCUUCCUGUCCGGGGACAAGAACAGCACUGAGCAGGCAACACACAGCCCCAGGGAUGGUCACGGGCUGGGUCAGCCCGGCACCCCUGGCAGCACAGACCUGGGGGCGGCGCUGCACCGGCUCUCCCUGCGGCGACAGAAUUACCUGUGCGAGCGGCAGUUUUUGGAGGAGGAGCAGGAGAGGAAGCAGCAGGAUCUGGUAGAGGAGGAUGGGGAAGGCAGCAUCUGCAGCACGCCCUGCAGCAGCAUCUUCUCCACGGGGACAAACCGCUCCAACUACACAGAUAUAUCAGGGACUUCCAGCAGCUUCAGGACCUUCCUGCCUGACAAACUGCAGAUUGUCAAACCAAUAGAAGGGUCCCUGACUCUGCACCAUUGGCAGCAGCUGGCUCAGCCACAUCUGGCCACCAUUCUGGACCACCGACCUGGGGUUGUCACCAAAGGCUUCAAACCACUGCCAGAGGACACAGUGUACCACCUGUCAGACCUGGAGGAGGAUGAGGAACAGAGGGCAAAGAGGGAAGAGGAUGAGGAGGAGGAAGGAAUCACCUUCCAGGUUCAAUAUACCUCAACGCCAGAGGACAAGAAACGAGCCCCCCAGGAAGACGAGAGGCCUCCAGACAUUUUCCUGCCAAAGUCCCAAAUCCUCACCACGGCAGCCCCCUCUUCUGCUCAUAACCCAGGGAAAUAUCUUUCCUCAACCCACUCUACCUACACUUUCACGAACUGCAGGAUUCUGCACCCGUCCAACGUCACUCACGUCGCCACACACAGCUCCAUGUAUGCACCUCUGCCCCUCGGAGACAGCACUCCGGGUUCCAUGAGAUCUGGCCCCAGCACUCCGGUCACGCCCUGCUGCAUGAGCCUGGGAGAGGCCUUCACCCACCGGCGCAACUCCGCCACCAUCCUCAGCUCCACCAACGGCCUGGCCAAACUCCUGCAAGAACGGGGCAUCUCCUCACAGGUGUACAGCAGCGCAGUCUCAGAGACUCCAUCUUCCAUUCGGAGCCCAAGAAAAGCAGCCUCUCUCCCUGCUCCUUCCUCCAACCCUCCCAACUCUCCCUCCCCCUCCCCUUGCGGCUCCCCUGUCCCUUUCGAGCCUCGCCAGGAGAACUUUCUGGUGUCGCGGCUGGCUGAGGUGUUCCUGCAGGACGUGUACGGCCUCAAGCCCAAUCGGAGCCGGCCUGACCUCACCCAAAACAGAGUCAAGCUGGUGGAGAGGCUCAGGAGGCUGGGCUUCACCAAUGUGCUGCAGGCGGGGCCCGAGGGGGGCCUGCGGUGCCUGCGGUGCCAUGAGCCUGCCCUCUUCGUGGCCACUGGAGGAGGAAGCCUGCUGGACGGGCUGAGGAGGAACCAGAGCCUGCCGGCCAUGAUUGGAGGCCUGGGACCCCUUGUCAGCAGCCCCCCGGCAGUCCCACUCACUCUCCCACGAAUGGAGGACAGGGCUCCCCAGGUCAAAUCGCCAGGAGAGACAGCUGAGUAAAACGGACCAGCCUUAAGGACCGAGCAACAGUAGAAAAAGUUGGGAAGGAUUUUUUAACAUAAAGAGUGAGUAAUAAAUAAAGGGAAGGUUAUAAACAAAAUCUGCCCAUUUCCAAAAAUACUGGUUUCAAUUUCAAGUCACAAAAGUUUACAAUUACAGUUGUAUCGAAUUCUGUAAAUGUUGACCAAGCUUAUAAAACAUGCUAUAAGCAAACAAUUCUGUUAAAUGCAAAAUUGAAAGUACUGUAAGAUUUAGCAAACUGUAAACUGUAUUGGACACACUAAUACUGUCUAAGUAGUUCCUGUAUUGUUAUAGUAUGUGCUUUAUUUUUUUUUAUUUUUUUUAUGGGAAGUUGUGUUCUUGAGGAAGUUACAGAAGGAAAGUGAAAGUUGAAGAGGGUAAGAGAAGCUUUGAAAAGAUAGUGCGGGGGGUGGAGAAAGCAAAAGAGGUAGGGAAUCAAAAGGCCAAAGGGAAGGGAGAUGAAAGAAGAGGAUGGAGAUAGACUUGGGUUGAAGUAAAGUGAAGGCUCUAUAAAGUAAACCCCCGAAGGCAAACUUGUAUCCACUUUGCGGAGAGCUGUGGGUUAUUAACCCAGCCCUCCCACCACUGGUGUCAGCAUGUUUGAAGAAACGUUAUGGUAAUAAACACUAAGUAACAAAACUGUUUAAAAAGCUUAAAACGCAUUUUUUAACAAAACAAGUAAUGAUGUACACAGACAGGUGACCUAUUGAUUUUAAGCUUUGUUAUAACUCCCUAAUGAGCUGUGUAAAAGGAAAUUCAAAAUAAUGAAAAGACAAAGCUGUGGGGGUAGGGGGUAGCCUUCUGGAGUUCUGGAACAUUCUUCGUUGGCGUUAUGGUUAUGCUGUCUGGCUCUUGGAAUUUUAGCUUUUUGUAUAUUUUAUUGUUAAAAGUGAGAAGUGUGAGAUGCUGGUAAUCCAAGCCUACUUGUCUAAAAGCCACUUAUUUUAUUGACAUGAAAUCAAAGCUCCCUCUAAUUUAAUUGGAGCACAUUAUAAGGCAUGUAAAGCAUUCCAAUAGUUUUAAAAAACAAAGGAAUGCGUUGGCAGAGAUCAAAGAUCAACACGUUGCUAUUUUGUACAUUUUAAAUCGAUUGGCAUGGUACUGUCUCCUUUUCUUGUUAUAAUUCCAGAGUUGUAUCAAUUUAUGCAGUAAGAUUCUAUCUUAUUACAAGUGUUUAUAUACAGUUAAUGAGUAACUCUUUGCAAUCUCAAAGCAUGUUAAGAUUGUUCUAACUUUUAAAUAAUGCAUUUAUUAACUGUUGUGAAAUACAAAACUCUGGGUUAGUUACGUAGCCCUUUCCCAGUCGCAUGUCUUAGCUUCUCCAAUAUAACACUGUAGUCAGGAGACACAGUUAAGGGAAAACCGACACUGCACUAAAGAGGGUUUCCUUAUGUUGCUCUGCUUGGCUAUGGGGUGGGCAAAAAGAAUGCAAACGAGUGUGUUCAUAUGUUUUAUAUUUCAGUAUUAUAGGAAUAAGGACAUUUUUGCAUUAUUACACAAAACUCUACCCCAUAUAGCAAAUAUUAAGUAAAAAGUAUUGCAGUGUUUUGAAACUCUUUAUCUAUUAAUUGUCUUAGUUAACCAUUAAUCAUAUUUGUGAUGCCCACGUGGGAAAAGAAGCCAUAUGUUUGCUGAAUACCCGAUCUAGUGACUGUUCUUGAACCAUGUUCCACAGUGUUUGGUCUCAAGGUCACCAGCCUGACUCGCAUCCUCAGUCCUGAAUGUCCAGCCAAACCCGUUUUGCAAUCUUUGUGUAUUGUUCUUGAAGAGUGUGUGCUAGAAUUGCGUGCCAGACCCUCAUGUGUAGGACUGUUAGGGUCCUUAUAGAAGCAUGCUUGGAUUUAGAUCUAGGGAGCAGAUCUGAAACCAUGUGGCAUUGUGAUGGCAGCUGAACCUGUCGUUGCCUAGCCACCCUCUCAUUGUUCUUCAGUAUAGUGUGUUUGGAUAGUUUAUCCAGUGCAUUGGGUAUAAAGACCUGCCUAAGCAUGUUAUGAACAAACCGAUACAGUGUUCCCUCGAUAAUUCACUAAUUUGGUUCGUCCAUGUUGACAGUAAAUUGUAGGAGUGUUCAGUUUUAUUGUGUAAGGACCCUUCACUAAUUCAGUGUUGUUGCUUUAUCUAGCCAGGGCAACUAUUGACCAUUUAUUACCAUACAUCCUCAAGUUAACAAUCCUUGAACAAAUGCUGCAGCUGUUUUGGGCAAUUUAAAAUAAAUUUUGCUGCAUUCAUUUGAUAAUAUACUGUAGGAGUUUCCAUCAGAGGAGUCAGACCUUUUCAAGGAGCUUUUCUGCAAGUACAGGAAUCCAAAACAGUAAACCAGGUUGUUAUGUGCUGCUGUAUAUAAAACAGAUAUUUUGCUUAAGAAAGAAAAGCCUAAACAAUAUAUAUAUAUAUAUAUAUAAAAUGAAAUGUAUUACUCUACUGAUGUGGAAGAUGGUUACCAUUGUGCGGUUUGGGGCUUUCAAAAGGGAAGUUCUGCACAGUAAGGGAAAUGUGUUGGCAUGUAUGCCAGUGUUCUGCAAAAUAAUAAUUAUAUAAUUAUAAAUAGUUAUAAAUAAAUAUAUUUUUAAAAAAUCAAGAGACUGCCUUUUCAAGAAUGUAGCUGUUCCUUUACAGAUAUGCCCGGGUAAGAAGUGUGCACAGCAGAAUGCUGCAACUUUGACCAUUCUGAAGAAGGUGGUACAGUAUGGUUGGCACAUUAUUGUUGCUCGAUUACACCACUUGUGCAACAGAAGGGAGCGUAUUUAGUUGCUAUAAACAGACUUGAUCUUAAUACCGCUGCUGUUUAGAUCAAUUGACUGGACGUGUCAGGUCACGCCAUCCUCUUCCCUGUAGUUCAUUCUGACCAGCUGAGAAGUUGCAUUGCUCUACAUUGCAGCUGAAGGUUUGGCUUGUUUUGUUCAGUGGGUUGUCCCAGACAAUGUUUUGAUUUCUAGCACUUCAUUUUUUAUUUUAUUUUCAUCUACUGUUUUUGUUUUUUGUUUUUAAUUGAGGUUCUGAAGAUACCAGUAAACCUGUAGUGUGACAUGAUAAUUAUAAAGAUAUCUGUUUAUAUAAAAACAAAAAUAUAAUCAAGAAUGAUGAACAUUGCACUGAGUGACCCUCAAAUAACCUACAGCUGUAUUGCUUUAAAAAAUUUGAACCAAGCUAAUUCAUGUUGUAUAUCUUACCUCUAGCAAUGCUAAUGCUGUGGAGUUAGGCAUUUUUAUGUAAAAAAAUGUAAUAUACUCCUAUGACUGGAAAACAAUCAGUUAUGUUGGACAUUUAAGAGACAGUUAUUUGAACUCCUGAUUUUAUGAUUUCUGUAUAUAUGUAUGAGGUCUGGCCUCCAGUAAUGACAUUGAAUGUUGUGUACCUUUCCCUCCAGAUAGAACUGUGCAAUUUUUAAUAAUAAAAACCAAGACUUCUACCAUUUUAAGAGAACUUAUCGACCUUUUUUUUUUUUUAUCACUACCAAAAAACGUUGGUUGUAUACUCCAGUCAUAAAUGAACUUAUAUUUUUUUUUAAAGAAGAAAAUUUGAUUUUUGACAAUUUUACCAAAUUGAAAAACAACUUUAAAGUGCUUGAAAUGAGUCAAUUCCCAUUUAAAACAAACUCUGAUUAAACAAAUGUGCUUCUGUGAAUUUUGACGUGGUCCUGACUAAAUUUACCAGCUAGUUGUUUAUUGUAAAUGACUUCCAAUAUGAAUUUCCUGUUUGCGUAAAUUAUUUUGGAGCCCCCAAGGGAAAAACAAUU